CCGGCGCUCGCGCUGCAAGUGACCUCUCUUGUGGACUCUUACAUGCUAUGGGUCGGCACAACGGAGGCCAAGGAAGAAGACGUCAAAAGCGGAAGCGCGAUCGAGCAAGGCGUGCUGGCAAGGGAUUGGGCCUGUGCGAUGCCGCCUUUGCCCAAUUCACCCAUACCACCCCUGGGCACCGCGUUGUUCAGCACGGCGGCGUCCGACUUUGCGCUCGCGAUGGCGCAGCGGCUCGCGCGGCGGUUCAAGAAGCAGAUCUUUUUAUCCAUCGAUGUCCCGCCCGCGUUCCUGUCGAUGGGCCAGGGCCCGGCCGUGCUGCUUGCGAUGGAAAGGAGUUUGGUCGCCGCGCUGAAGGAGCUCGAG